UUACGUAGCCGGUCUACAGCUCUACAGGACGCUUUUUAUUGUUUUUCCUUAGAAAAAAUAUUUAUUUUAAUAGAACGACUAUUAAUUAUCUGAAACAAGAGAGAAAUGGACACGGAAAUAUUAGAAGCAGUCAACAGUUUCCUUAAAGUGGAGCCAAUUGAGGAAGCGUUUCUCAGUGUUAUUGUGUAUAAGUCGAAUGCCGAAGAGGACAAGGCGAGUUCUUUUACUGAAUGCAUUUUGCGUAAAUUCGAAGAUGUGCCUCAGGAUAACAAAGAGGGUUUGGUGAGGCAGUAUUUGCAACGUGCAGCAACAGCCACGAAUAUAUCACACCUUCGUGUGCUAAUGAAUACAUUAAGCAAACUGGCGGAGACACAUGCUAUAACAGCAAGAAUGCUGUGUGAUAAGAUUUUGCUUUGCGAUAGAUUAGUAUAUGAAAAUGCAAACUUUUGGGUCGAAAGUUUCAAAAUAAUUAAGCGCGUGCUAUCGCUUGUAGACUAUAAAGGAGUGCGCGAGAUAAUGAAGAUGUGUCGUGACAAGGCUCAAACCUUCCCCGUGAACAUAAACGUCUGUUUCUUACCACAGUUGCAGGCUUUGAGGGAUACGUUGAACUACAUAUUUGAUCGGAAUAACUGCUUACUGCCGGGUUACUUUAUUGCCAAUGAAAUAAUGAAGCCACCACCAUACCAUUGGACAAUUAAUAAAAUGAUGACUGAUUUCAUGGAGGAAUUCCGUAGAACCGCACAAAUGGUCUCUAUCAUUGGUCACUCGCAUAUGUUGCCUAUUGUUGAAUGCUUUGGCUAUGCGGAUCAUAUGAUGAAUUCUUGGAAAUUAGAUCCGAAUACAUUACGUUUCGUUUUUAAAGGUAAUCUGCCUUACGAUGCGGAUCUGCUAGAGGAGCAAACCAAACUUUUACGUUACGUGCUUGAUCAACCAUACUCCAAAGAAAUGGUAUCUGUCAUGAUGAGUUUGCAGAAGCAACAAAAGCAACGUUGCAAUGCCCUUGAAGAGCAAUUAGUGAAUUUGAUCAUAUCGGCAAUGGAAAUGACUGAGAGCAAUGACUCUAUGAUGGGCAGUAGUUUUAAUGUAUACGAAGAGCAAACUUCCAUGAACGAAUGGGUAUGGCUGCAUCUAUCGUCACAGCUUAUUUACUUUGUGCUUUUCCAGUUUGUAAGUUUCUCGCACAUAGUGACGGCAUUGUAUGAGAAGCUUUCCAAGAAGGAGUUGCGAAAGGGACGCGAUCAGCUUAUGUGGAUACUCUUGCAAUUCAUUUCUGGCAGCAUACAGAAAAAUCCAAUAGCGAAUUUUCUACCUACAUUCAAACUAUUUGACUUGCUUUACCCCGAGCAGGAGCCUUUAAAAUUACCAGAUUGCACGAAAUCCUCAUUAUUGCGUCAGAUGGCGCCCAUAUGCAUUUGGAUACACCUGAUGAAAAAAGCUAGGCUGGAAAAUAUGAAUAUCAACAGACCCUUGCCAAUUGCAUUGAAAAACCAUCAUGAUUUUCUACAACACCUAGUUAUGCCGAACACAAUGAUGUCUAUGAAUUUGGGCAAUGAUUUUCGUAUUAUACUUAUUUGUAAUGCAUAUUCAACUAAUCAAGAGUAUUUUUCACGUCCAAUGAAUAUACUAACCGAGGCGUUAAAUGGCAAUGCCAAAACUGCAGCGGGUGGUCAAGUACCCUCGGCGCCAUUCUCUAUGGUGGUUUUGGAUAGCUUGACUGUGCACAGCAAAAUGUCGCUCAUACACAGUUUUUUUACGCAAAUGAUUAAACAAGCGCAGGCAAAGAGCUCCAUACCAGCGCCGGCUUUAGUCGAAACCUAUGCACGGUUGCUCGUUUACACUGAAAUCGAAUCUUUGGGCAUUAAAGGGUUCUUGCAACAAUUACUACCCGCUGUAUUCAAACACCAAGCCUGGGGUAUACUGCAUACGCUGCUGGAAAUGUUCCUAUAUCGCUUACAUCACAUACCAACACAAUACCGUUUACAGCUACUUUCGCACUGUACGGUCGUUUCGCCGCAAACCAACAAAAUGCAGCUAAAUUUGUGCUUUGAGUCGACGGCUUUGCGCCUUAUCACUGGCUUGGGCUCAGUUGAAAUGCAGCCGCAAAUGUCGCGUUAUUUCAGUGAGAAGCCACCUGGUUCUGUGGCGUCGAGCGAAAGUGAAGAACUGAAUCGCGUGCUUAUACUAACGCUGGCAAGAUCAAUGCACAUGACUGGGCUAGGCGAUGAACUGCAGCCUUGGUGCAAAGAGCUGCUCAGUAUUAUUAUGCAAAACACGCCACAUUCUUGGGCCUCACAUUCUCUAGCCUGUUUCCCGCCUGCGUUGAACGAAUUUUUCGUGCAAAAUAAUCAUCCCUUAGAGAAUAAACAACUACUUAAAAAGUCAGUGGAGGAAGAAUAUCGUAACUGGACCUCAAUGUCGAAUGACAACGAUAUCAUGAAUCAUUUUAUACGGCCCAGUACCAACCCACUCUUCCUUUGCCUGCUCUUCAAAAUGAUUUGGGAAACUGAAAACGUCAGUCCGGUGGCAUACAAAAUCUUGGAGGGGAUUAGCGCACGUGCAUUAUCAGCACAUUUACGCAAGUUAUGCGACUACUUAGUCGGUGAAGUGGCCAAUAGUAAUGGCAAAGAUUUCAUACACAAAUGUGUGGACACCAUCAACAAUAUGAUUUGGAAAUACAAUAUCGUAACAAUUGAUCGUGUUGUACUGUGCUUGGCAUUGCGCACGCAAGAGGGCAAUGAGGCACAGGUGUGCUUCCUCAUAAUACAAUUGCUGCUAUUGAAGACAUCGGAGUUGCGUAAUCGCAUACAGGAGUUUUGCAAAGAGAAUCAUCCCGAUCAUUGGAAGCAAAAUAAUUGGCAUGAGAAACACUUGUCAUUUCAUCAGAAGUACCCCGAAAAAUUCGCGCCUGACGAAUCGGCCUCACAUCCACCAUUGCCCGUAUAUUUCUCAAAUGUUUGUCUAAGAUUUUUGCCAGUAUUGGACAUUGUUGUGCAUCGCUUUAUUGAACUGCCCAUACAACAUGUGCACCAAAUAUGUGAAGUGAUAUUGGAUCAUCUAAGUAUUUUGUACAAAUUUCAUGAUCGCCCCAUUACAUAUUUAUACAACACAUUGCAUUUCUAUGAACGUAUUUUGCGUGAACGACCAUCGUUAAAAAAGAAAUUGGUCAGCGCCAUUACUGGUGCCUUUUGCGACAUACGUCCGCCGAAUUGGUGUGUUAGUGAACCAUACAAGAUAUUUAUGCAAAAUCAGGAGUUGCUGUGGAAUCCAGAACUAAAUUACUAUAUCAACUUGGUGCGGCGUCUUUCUGAUACGAUAACGGGCAAAAAUCUCUUCUUCAAUACCGAUUGGCGUUUCAAUGAGUUCCCCAAUGCACCAGCCCAUGCGCUGUAUGUCACUUGUGUCGAGCUGCUUAGUUUGCCAAUCGCACCGUCGAUUGUGGCAAACAAUGUUGUAGAUGUCAUUGUCAAGGGUUAUUCGUUGAUACCUCAAAAGGAGAUACAUAACUACAUCAAUGCGGUGGGUAUUAUAUUAGCCGCACUACCCGAGACACACUGGAGUGUUAUCUAUGAUCGUUUGCAAGACGCAUUAAAUGCGCCUAAAAUGGUGAAAUGGAACUACCGUUUUUCGGCUUUUGAACUAUUUAAUUUCAAGACCGUUUGCGAAUCAAUGAUUGAAAAGAAUUAUGUCUUAAUACUGGCCGUGGCGCACUCCAUUUUCCAUCAUAUGGGUGGUUUUAAGUUAGCGUCAAUGACCAAGUACAUCGCUGAUAAGUUGAAGCCGUGUGUGCGCACCGAGCAACAGCUGGUUUUCCUGUGUCAUGUAUUUGGUCCAUUUUUACAGCGUAUCGAUUUAGAGAAGCCCAACACUGUGGCAGGCAUUGCAAUAAUGAUAUACGAAAUGCUCGAUGUGGUAGACAAAGCGCACGGGCCUGCCCCACUCGAGUACAUAGAUACUAUAUGCGAUUUUCUCUACCACAUCAAAUAUAUUCAUGUCGGUAAUGUCAUCAAAAACGAAUCAGAAGUGAUCAUCAAGCGUUUACGACCUGCUUUGCAAUUGCGACUACGUUUUAUAACGCGUUUGAAUAUCGAAGAUAUCAACACCGAGAAGAAUCUCAAUAUGCCUAUCGCGCAGCAGCAGCAGCAGCAACAACAACAACAGCAACAUCAAACAGCAACACAACAACAGCUAACUGCUGUCGCACAACAUCAAGCUCAACAGCUCCAACAACAGCAACAACAACAAAAAUCGAAUAUGGUCAGCGCUCAGAGUCAGCAGCAACAGCAACAAGUGCAAAUGCAGCCUAGUGGCAAUGCACAACAACCAACGCAACAGCAGCAGCAGCAGCAACAACAACAACAAUUGCAACAAAAUGUGCCAAUGGGUGGAGUAGGUGGCGGUGGUAAUAGUGGUAGCGCGCCAGGAAAUCAUGCGCAAAUGACUAAUUACAAUUUAAUGGCACAGCAGCAACAACAACAUCAGCAGCAGCAGCAGCAACAUAUGGCCGGAAACAUGGGACAACAUCAGCCACAACAAAUGCAAUAUUUUAUGCAAAAUAUGCCACCGCGUUAUUGAAUAUCGUUUGUGCGCAAAUACUUA